AAUGCGAUGACAACACGACCAGUUCGCAGGAUCGCUGGCACGUUGCAAAUUUUUAUUCAGUAUCAUGCGAGAUGUCCUCGGUCGGCCAGCCAAAAAAAGUCGCCAUUAUCGGGGCGGGGGCUGCUGGCAUGUCGUGCGCGGCCACCCUCGCCCAACACCCCGAUAGGUUCGAUGUCACACUGUUCGAUAUAGCCACAUAUACAGGUGGUCAGGCCACCUCCAUUGAUCUAGACAGCGGUCGGUAUGGCGCUAGCUGGAUGAACGACGGCGUGCAAGGCGGCUCUGGUAUCUUCCACCACACGUUCAACUUCUUCCGACGAUAUGGGUACGAGCCGCGCGCUGUUCAAUUGCAGGUGGCAUUUGGAAAAGGGCCGGGGAGCUUCUUCACAAAUAUCUUUCCCAGUCCGUUGAUCGACCAGUUCAGCCAUGAGAUCAAAAAGCUGGGACGCAUGCUGUCAUGGAUCAAGAGACUGAUGCCGGUGCUGGGCAUACUGCCCCUCAAAACCACCAUGCGGCUGUUUCGUUUCAGUCGCGACUUCACGAACCGCAUCGUGCUUCCUCUUAUCGCUCUCUUUCUAGGGACCGGAAACCAGACCCCAAACGUCCCCAGCGCCCUGCUUGAACGACUCUUUGACGACCCCAACAUGAAACUGUGGGACUACGACCCGGAUACGCUGCUUCCCAACCAGCCAACCAUGUACACAUUCCCCAACCUGAGUAAAUUUUACAGUGACUGGACCAAGGACCUCGCCUCGCGCGGCGUACACAUCCGCCUCAACACGAGAGUCCAGCUUCUCAAACGCGACAAGUACGAGGUGAUCCUGCGCCCGCUCCGAACAAGAUCCUACUCCAUCGCCAGCGGCGAAGAUAUGUACUCACCGCCGGAGUCCUUCGACGACCUCGUUCUUUGCUGCCCAGCCGACGAAGCCAAACGCAUCCUCGACGAACACGCCUCCUGGCGCGAGCGGUACGUCCUCAACGGCGUCUCCUUCUACAACGACCUCACUGUCACCCAUUCCGACGCGAACUACUUCGCCAGUAACUUUGAGACGCGCUUCCGGACCGAACUCUGCGGAUACGCCAGCACCGAGGCGCGCAAGGACCAGGCCGCCUUCGCUCGACAGCAGCCCCCACUCAGCCGCAAAGACGGCUGGGGGGGGUUUGCCCCGAUGUACUUCACGCACUCGCUGCCGAGCGCCCCAGACAGGAUCGAGAUGGGCUUCGACUGCAGUCACUACCAGCACCAGUUCCGCGAGGCGUUAGGCGAAGACGCACCUGCGUCUGAACCAGACCGGCAUGUCUACCAGAGUAUCUUUUUGAAUGACGAAGAAAGUCAUCUCUGGACACUGGGCGGCAUCGACGAGAACAAGAUCAUCGCCCGCAAAUGGUGGCACCAGUUUGGUCACCGGUGGCAGCAUUAUCUGCGGGUUGUGCCGGGGAUGAUGUUCAUUAAUGGGAAGAACCGGACACUGUAUGCGGGGAGCUGGACGAUGGUGAAUAUGCACGAAAUCGCAGUGAUCUCGGGUAUUGCAGCGGCGUAUCGCCUGGGGGCUGAGUAUCGUCCGUUCGAUGAUUUCGCAGAAGACUGCUUCAAAAAGUAUCUGCUUAUGUCGCAUGGGGUGCGGUAUGAGAGAACGCGGUGAUGGAUGCCGGUCGAGCUUCAGUUCUGCUUACGGUUACUAUAUCCAGUCUGUAUAGCUCGCAAACCAUGAAUGGCUGUACGUAUAUAUGUCGGUCUCGUAUUCAAAGUGGUAGGCAUAGUUUAUAAACGAUAAUUGUUUGGCCUUCGCUCAAACAAAGAGUGAAACAUGACUUGCCAGUGGUUGAGAGAUUGGUGUGGAGGAACACUUGUGCAGUUACUUUAUUGGUUGUAAUUAUGUUAGGGAUAGAGUACCUACCGAUGGUAUGGAUGGACUAGUGAUAUAAGAGGC